AGUGAGUAAUCGACAAAAUGGGGGGGGGGGGGGACUAGUACAUAUGAAUAAUUAUGAUGCACUAAUACAAAGUGUGCUAAAUGCAAAUAUACUGAUAUACAGGUCGUCUGGUUUUGAUGAUAGUUUAGGUGAAAUUGUUACAAUAUUUGCAUUGUCAAUAAUGCAUCAUUUUUCUGUUUGUUUUCUUCCACAAUGCAUUCACUGUUCCGUUGGUGUGAUGGAAAGGGAUCACUCAAAAUGAGUGAUAUUAAAUAUCUCAUGUAAAAUUUGAGAUUGUUGAGAUAGUUUAUUGGGAUAGUUUGAUUUUGCUUUUGUUCCAAUUAUAUUCCUAUACCCAUGAUACCCUUGAAAUUUAUCAUCUAAUCCGCUCUCACUUUUUUCUCGGGAACACCAUGCUCAGUUCCCUUCCCUCCACUUUUUUCGUGGAUGUCUCCACCACCCGCCCAAUUUAACACCCAUCGCCUUCAAAAUUUCAUAAUCGGUCUAGCCUCCUCUGUCCCGUCAUCGGUCUAACAUCUGUAAUUUCUGUAUCUUCAAGUAGAAUACAUGUGUCUAUAUCCCUUGCUUAAUGAGGGGUGUUCAUCAAUUGUGUGUUAUAGCUUUUGCAUUCAAUUUUGCUCUUAUUGAUAACUUAUAAAAACAAGGUCUUUGGUUUUGGUGAUUGUUUGGUUGAGGUAGUUACAAUACAUGUAUUUUCCACAAUGCAUCAUUUUUCUGAAAUUUCUACACAAACAAUACAUGCAUUGUUUGCUUGAUGUGACACAAAUUAUCACUCAAAAUGAGUGAUAGUUAAAUCUCAAAUUUUGGGUGAGAUUGUUGAGAUUGUUUGAUUGAGAUUGUUGUGUAUUUUUUUCUUCCAAUUUUGUCCCUAACUUUUUAUGCGUCUUGCUUUUUUAUAUUGCAAACUAAGGGUAAAAGUGAUAUUUCACCCAAAAAGUAAGAUAACUUAUUUAAAUAACACAAUAACUAUCACAUAAACCAAACAAUGCAAACUACAAUACACCAAUUUUCUUAUAUACAUGUAUAUUAUUAUGCAUACAUUGAUGACAAUGCAUCUAUUUAACUAUCACCAAAACCAAACGAAAUAUAAGUUUUUGAAUGCUAAAAGUGAUAUUUCAUGCUAAAAAGAAAUAUAAGUUUUUGAAUGCUAAAAUAACUAUCACCAAAACCAAACAAGAUAAACUACAUUACACAAUUACAUCAUUUUCCUUAUUUGCAUGUAUAUUACAAUGCAUUGAUCACUGAUUUAAGUAUCAACAAAACCAAACUAACCCUUAAUACAAUAAAAAAAUCAGUAAAAAAAUACAAUAAAACAAGUCUCAGGCCCACUCCAAAUCCCGCGCUUCGGGCGAAUACCCACAACGGCCCAGCCCAAAUUGCUGAACAUUCUGCGGCCCAGCUUGAAGGCGGAACCGUCUCCGCGAGUUUGAGUCAGUCUCAUUGUCUCGGUGAGUGAGGGGAAAGGUCAAAAACGGAUAUUCCAGUUUUCAAUCCUCUAUUCUAUUCCCAAAACGCGAUUCAGGUGGAGGGAAACGUCAACUUGACGGCGAAGCAAAAUUCGGUCCCAUUUGUCUCUCUUCGCGGUAUCCCUGCGCUGGGAGAUCGAUUCGAUAUACUCUUUCCGCCUUCCUAUCUUCCCGUCGCCGACACCGAUUCCGCCGCCGGCUUCGAAAAAUCCAGGUGAAAACUCGCAGAUCUAGUGCUCUUUUUACCCCUCUCGGAACCCCCUAAAAUGGCUGCCCACGUACAUAUACCAAUUAAUUUCUUUCUUCCUUUUAUUUUCUUUUAGUUGCAGAGAGAAGCGCCGGCAGAGCGACUUGGUAAGCUCUCUGAAUUCCUCUGUGGUAAUGCGUUUCCCGUGAUUGAUUUUCGUUCUGAUUGCUUUCCCAUCGAAUGUACGGGCCCUUUUGAACGAUCUCCUAAUGGUUGUUGUGAUCGCACUCUCCCAACUCUUCUCUUCCUCCCUUCUCCAGUUUCUUCGUCGGGUUUGUGAUAAUUCCGCAAUCUAAGGUGUACGGUUUGGAUAAAAGUUAAUAAUUUCGACCUGGGUAUUCGCUUCACUGCUGGUACAUGUUGGUACAUAAGUCUUGGGCUGGGGUGUGCUUUGGAUUCUUUGACAUUGAAUGCUUGUAUUUGUCGGUUAGGUGCAGGUUCUGUAUCUGGUUAAGUGUGUGUGUGUUUGAUGUGCACAAUAACAUAAUAGAAGAAAGCCGAGAAAUUUCUGAUUCUGCUUAUGGGUUUUGGAUCACAUUUGCUAUGGGGCACAGCGUGUAUUUGUUUGUUCGCACAACAUUUUGUUGCUGAAUUGAUGGAUUGGCAUUUUUGUUGGAGCAGAUGCUUGCCUAUUGCUCGGGAUUGUAGGUAAAUUUUUCAGAGGGUUGUUCUGUAAAGGGAUAUCUGUGGUUCUUCAUCUUAAAGGGUACCGGUGAUCCGCCAAGAGACGUUUACAGAGAAAUGGCAUCCACAGAUGGCCUUGUGCCCAUCACCAGGAAAUUUUUGGCUUCUUAUUACGACAAAUACCCUUUCCCCCCAUUAUCUGAUGAUGUCUCUCGUCUGUGUUCGGAGAUUCGCUCUAUCAUCCCUGAUUUACUCAAGGAAUCUCCACCUUCUUCAGAAGAGAGUUCAUUGGUAGAUGAAGCGGGUUGUCAGCCUCCUCGCAAAGUUGAUGAGAAUAUGUGGAAGAAUCGUGAACAACUGGAAGAAAUUCUGUUCUUACUUGAGAAAUCACGUUGGCCUCGUGCACUUCAACAGCCCUCAACUUCCGAUGACCGUGAACUUGCUAUUGCAUUUGUCAGCAUUCAUGACAAAGUUCAGAAGACUUUGAAGAUGUUGGAGGCUUUCCAAUCUAAGAAUUCUGAACGUGUAUUGAAUAUAGUGAUGACAUACCUACCUCAGGAUUUUCGAGCGACACUUAUUCUACAGCAAAGGGAGCGGUCAGAGAGGAAUAAGAAAGCAGCCGUUGAUGCGUUGGUUAGUUCAGGAGGAACCAUACGUGAAAAAUAUGCUCUGCUUUGGCAACAACAAGUGGAUAGGAGGCGGCAGUUGGCUCAGCUUGGUUCUGCUACUGGUGUAUACAAAACUCUUGUGAAGUAUUUGGUCGGAGUUCCAGAGGUUUUACUAGAUUUUGUUCGGCAGAUAAAUGAUGAUGAUGGGCCAAUGGAAGAGCAAAGACACCGAUAUGGACCCCCUUUAUACAGCCUGACAACUAUGAUUCUUCUAGUUCGAGUUUUUGUUUUGCUGUCAUGUAGGAGAUUUGAUGCUGGCCUAGUAAAGAGACAUCAUAUCACUGUAUUGGAACAAGCUGUUGAUGUCUACUCCAAUGAGUUUAUAAGGUUUAUCACCUUCUUGAGUGAGGUCUUAGCAAACUCUCCGUUCCUUAUUUCGGCUAAGGAUGCUGGUGCUUUGGACGGAAGGAACAAUGAUGAUUUCAAAGAAAUCAGUGUUGCAGCUGGGAGUUCUCACGAGGUUUUGUUGUCAGUGGAAUCGAUUAACUCCUACAUUGCUUGGGAUUUCUCACUGAUACAGGGCAAGAUGAGCUUGGACAUUGGGUUCAGUGUGGAGUACAUAAAUCCUUCAGGCCAAAAGACCCUAAUUUUACCCUAUAGACGUUGCGAGUCUGACCAAGGGAACUUCUGCACGGUCAUGACCGGAGAUUACAAACUUGUUUGGGAUAACUCCUAUUCCAGCUUUUUCAAAAAGGUCGUAAGGUGUAAGGUGGAUUGCAUCCCACCGGUUGUCGAGCCUGCUGAAUCGAGGAGUGAAGUGGAAGGAUAAGUAAAUUCUUUUUUUCACCACCAGGACUUUAUUGUUUGUGAUAUUACUUAGAGAUAUCUUCCCUCUCUCCUUUCGGUUCUGAGAGAAAAGGGUGUUUGAUUUGCGGAUGGGUUUGUAUCUUGCUGGCCCUGCCCCUUAUUUCCCCGUAGAGGAAGAACAGUGUGUUGUGUGAGACGUUUGCCUGUAGUUCUUCUCUGUUGUAUACUGGAUUGUCUCUUGGUUAAAUUCACUAGCGUUCAGGCAUUGACACACAUAACUAAUCAGCAUUUGGUUUCUUAUACUUGCUCUUCUUCUGCACCCGCACGUUGUCUUUACCCUGACCUUACUGAACACUGAAAGAUGUAGCACUUCUGCAGCUUGAAUGUGACCAUAAUAUCAGGUUUCAUUCGACAGACUGCAUCAACAUUCUUUUCGUUGCCAACAUGUUGAAUGUGAUGAUAAGUAAUCAACUCUGUUUCCAUUU